CUUUCACACACGCAAUCCUUCCUACAGUCGAUAUCGAAAGCAACCUCUCGACUCAAGGACGGAAAAAAAUCGUGUUCCAACAUUGACGUUAAACUUCGUAAAAAUAACUCAGACUCAUCAUGUCAGCCAAAGACUUUCUGAGACGCAAUAAAACAACCAUCCAGUCGAAAAUGACAGGAAAUCGCCAACUAAUUCUAGAGAAAUGUUAUGAAACAGGCAUAAUAACUGAAGGGGACCACAUAAACCUGAGCAGCAUCAACAAAGGAGAUGAAAUGGAGCAUGUCGUUAAGCUUGUAAAUAAUAUCAUGGGUAAAGGUGAAAAAAGAUGCAAAGAGUUCUUGGAUCUCCUGCAAAAAGAUGAAGCCAUUAAAGAGGCUUUGCCGGAGUUGAAUGAUAUACUGUUGAAGUACACUCCCAGUCUACCCAAACCAGCACAAGAAAGUAGUUCAACUGCCAAAACAGAUGAUGUGGGACAAGACAGCAACCCAAAGCCAAAGAAGGAUGAUGAUGAGCCGUAUCCAUUGAAGAGUAAACCCACCGGCCUGUGUUUUAUCAUCAACAACGUGGACUUUAAGGAUAACAAACCAAGACUUGGAUCAGAUGCCGAUGCUGAAAGAUUAGCUAAGGUGUUCAGCUGGCUGGGGUUCAGAGUGCUGAUGUGUAAAGACCAAACGAAGGACCAGAUGGAUCAGGUGCUGAAGUGCCUCUCUUCCAGGGAUGUCUCUAAACUGUUGGAGUUCAAAGUGAAGGAAUGGUCUGACCACAGAUUCACUGAACUUCAGGAGGUCCCUACACAUGGAGAUGCCUUCAUCUGCUGCAUUUUGACCCAUGGAAAUACGGGAGUAGUUUUGGGGACUGAUAAGGAACAUCUUGCCAUUAAAUAUAUUAAGAAAAUGUUCAAGGCGACUGACCUGUCACCCCUCACCAACAAGCCCAAAGUGUUUCUGAUCCAGGCCUGCCAGGGCGGAGCGCUCCACGGUCGGGUGGUGUUACCAAAUGUCCAAUCUGAUGAUCUUCAACCUGCCUCCAUCCCUGAGGAAGCAGAUUUUCUGAUCGGCAUGUCAACUGUUGAAGAUUAUGAAUCAUUUAGAGACCCAAACCGUGGGAGCUGGUACAUCCAGACUGUGUGUAAGCGGAUGGAGGAGGGCUGUCCAAGUGGUGACGACAUGGGCACCAUCCUCCGCCGUGUCAACAAUGACGUGAGUCAGAUGGAUGGAUGGAUGGAGGAGAGGCCAGAAGUUAUUCAUAAACAGAUGCCUGAGAUUCGGGAUACUCUGAGAAAAAAACUUGUGUUUUCACCACAUUCAAAUUGAGAACUCACCAUAUCACAAAUCAUCCAGCAUACUUUUAAAAGGACCACAGUGUUCUUCAUAUAUGAUCUAACAGAGUCUCUUGAUAAUUCCUAGUCUUAUAUUGUCUUUAUCACAUGCACAUCUUAUAUAUCAUCAUAGGAGAACUAACCCAUUUUGACAUUAUGUAUGAUGCAACACAAGCCUAAUGAUUUUUUUUUUUUUUUUAUGGCUUUGCUGGCAUAUUUUUCAUUGAAACACAAUCAGUACAGUAGUGUUGAAACACAUUAAGAUUAGAAACUAUAAUGGCAAUACUCGAUGUUAUAUAUUUUUGUCCACAUUAAAUAAAAUAAAAGCCAUUUGCCACUGUA